AUGUCGGCACGACGACCUCUCCCCUGCGGCAUUUACGCCCCCACCAUGACCUUCUUCGACCCCGAAACAGAAGACCUCGACAUCCCCUCCAUCAAACGGCACGCCAAGCGCCUGGCCCAGGCCGGCCUGGCCGGCCUGGUCACCAUGGGCUCCAACGGCGAGGCCGUCCACUGCACCAGGGAGGAGAAGCUGGCCGUCACCCGGGCGACCCGCGAAGCCCUCGACGAAGCCGGCUUCUCCUCGACCCCCAUCAUCAUGGGCGCCACCGAGGCCAGCGUCCGGGGCACCAUCGAGCUGAGCAGGCUGGCCGCCGGCGCCGGCGCCGACUACACCCUCCUGCUGCCGCCGUCCUACUACCGCGCCCAGGUGGACGACGCCUCCGUCGUCGGCUACUUCACCGCCGUCGCCGACGCCAGCCCCCUCCCCGUCGUCGUCUACAACUACCCCGGCGCCGUGGCCGGAGUCGACCUCGACAGCGAGACGCUCGUCCGGCUCGCCGCGCAUCCCAACAUCGUCGGCACCAAGUUCACCUGCGGAAACACGGGCAAGCUGACCCGGGUGGCCGUGGGGACCGACGCCAAGACCCCCUUCCACCAGGGCUCGGGGUACAUGGCCUUUGGCGGCUUGUGCGACUUCACCCUGCAGACGCUGGUGAGCGGCGGCAGCGGAAUCAUUGCCGGCGGCGCCAACGUCAUGCCCAAGGUCUGCGUGCGGGUCUGGGACCUGUACGCCCGGGGGGACAGGGACGACGCCCAGGCGCUGCAAAAGAUCCUGAGUCGCGGCGACUGGUCCCUGACCAAGUACGCCGUCGCCGGCACCAAGCAGGCCAUCCAGCUGCACUAUGGCUACGGAGGGCACCCCCGACGGCCCUUGGGGAGGUUGGAUGACGCCAAGCUUCGGCUUAUCGAGGAGGGAAUUCGCGAGGUCAUGGAGAUUGAAAAGUCCUUGUAG